AAAAAUACAAACCUUCCCCAGCCUAGAUCCCCAAAUCUCCGGGUCUCUUGCCUCUCUCCUUCCGGACUCUAAUCCUAUUCCCUCUCACAUCGGAAUUUCUUUUCCCAAUUUCCAAUUAACUUUUCCAUCAGACCCAAAAAGAAUAUAAAGUUUUAAUUUUUUUUUCCUCCCAAACACGAAUAACGCCACCCAAAAAUUUCCCUCUUAUUUUCGUCAUGUUAUUAUGGCCUUUCAUGUUGCUUGCCCAAUUACCUGUCGGAGGAUAUGUUUUUGCGCUCUGGGUUUUCCCCGGAGAUUGGGGAGCGAGAAGGGGAAGAGCGAUUUCUUGCAGGAGGUUGCUGGGGUUGAACAGUUCUUGAGUGAUCCGUGGUUGAUCAAGACCAGGGAGAAUGCCACGGUUCAGGUUAAGGUGCCGAAGGUGGUUGUUAUUGGCAAUGCGCCGCCGCCUCCUCAAUUUUCGGCGGUUUCUGCUGUGGGGUUUGGAGGUGAGGAGGCGGCUGUUUCUGCAGCUUCAGCCCAGGUGAAGAGGGCGGCGCUGCAGAAACAAGCUGCUGCUGCAUCAAUGCUGGCCGAGGAUUACGCGAGGAAGUUUGAGUCUGGUGAUCUAGUGGCUUCUGGGAAAGAUGCUGCUGGAGAAGAGCAAGGCCAGUCUAAUGCCAAAGUAAUGUGCAGGCUGUGCUAUUCUGGGGACAAUGAAGGAAGUGAAAGGGCAAGGAAGAUGCUAUCUUGCAAUAGUUGUGGCAAGAAGUAUCACGGGAGCUGUCUCAAAGCUUGGUCCCAAAAUAGAGAUCUUUUUCAUUGGAGUUCUUGGACUUGCCCCUUUUGCCGAAUAUGUGAGGUCUGUCAAAAAACUGGAGAUCCAAAUAAGUUUAUGUUCUGUAAAAGGUGUGAUGGCGCAUACCACUGUUACUGUCAGCAACCUCCUCAUAAGAAUGUUGGCCAUGGGCCUUAUUUAUGUCCGAAACAUACAAAGUGUCACAGCUGUGGCUCUUCUGUCCCUGGAAAUGGCCUAAGUGUAAGGUGGUUUUUGGGGUAUACAUGUUGUGAUGCUUGUGGAAGAUUGUUUGUUAAGGGAAAUUACUGCCCUGUUUGUUUGAAGGUCUAUAGAGAUUCUGAGUCAACUCCUAUGGUUUGCUGUGAUAUCUGCGAACACUGGGUGCACUGUCCCUGUGAUGGAAUCAGCGAUGCAAAAUACAUGCAAUUUCAAGUUGAUGGAGAUCUCCAAUAUGUUUGUCCUGCAUGCCGUGGGGAAUGCUGCCAGGUUAGGAAUCUUGAGGAGGCUGUGCAGGAGCUUUGGAAACGGAGAGAUGAAGCUGAUAGGGUUUUAAUAGCCAGCUUGAGGGCAGCUGCCGGGUUGCCAGCACAGGAAGAAAUCUUUGACAUUUCACCUUUUUCAGAUGAUGAAGAGAGCGGUCCUAUGUUGUUAAAGAAUGAAUACAGCCGCUCUUUGAAGUUGUCUCUUAAAGGAUUGGAGGAUAAAUCACCAAGAAAGAGCAAAGAACAUGGAAAAAAAUCCUCAAAGAAGUAUGCCAAGAAAAAUGGAAAUGAAACACCUUCUAUCAGUAGAUCUGGCACAUACCAAGGUGUUGGAGGACAUGCCGAUGGUCCAUUCUUUGGGUACAAUAGAGGUGAGAACAAGGAUGAAGAAAUUCAAUUUUCUGGUGAACCUGCUACUUCCUCUCCUGUUGCUGCAAUCUUAAAUGAAGGCAUAUGUUCAGUUAAUGAGGCUGGACUCCCUAAACUCAAGUAUGUUGACGAGGUUGUAACAGCUGGUGGAGCUAAGACAUCCAGGACUAUCAAAAUAAAGAGUAACAAACCUUAUAAUUUGAUGAAUGGGGAGGACAGUGGAACCAAUAGUCUGAAGAAUGUACAGGGUCCAAAGCUUGUCAUACAUUUGGGUGGGCGAAUUAGAAGUAUGAGUAGUCCUCCAAGAUCUGAAGCUUCAAGCUCUAAACAGGCCCCCAAUUUCACCUCGUCAAAUGUUGCAGGUCAUAAAAUAGAUCAUGCUGAUCAAGUGAAAAGUUUCAAGUUACGAGGAAAGGAGGGCUAUUUGAUAAACCUCAAGAAUGUUAGCUCAGAAGUUUCCAACUUUAACUCAGAACUUACUGGCGGAGAAUCUUAUGAUGCAUUUGAAUCUGUUUCUCCACAGAAUACACAUUGUUUAUUAGGAACAAGAGGUACUGGCGACAGUGCAUCUGCUAGGAGUGGAUUGGAAGUCCCAGUUAACACGAGGAACAAAUAUUCUUCAAUGAAGUAUGGAGGAGAUAGGCCUACAGUUUCUGGUGACAUGAUUGAUGACAAUAGUAGCUUGCCUUCCAUGUCACCUGCGUCUUUAAAGGAUCGCAAGCCUUUUUUAAAGUUCAAAAUUCCUAAGAGCUCAAAUAACGGAAAUCAAAAUGUUCUGAGUGAUUCAAAUAAUGGAAAUCAAAAUCCCUUGCCUCUUUGUGCGAAGGAGGAUAUAACUUAUACCAGGGGUCAAAGGUCAAAACGAAGGAGACCAGCACUCGGUGAUGGAGACACAUCCAAUUGGCAUGACGACAACACAAUGAAGGAGUUCACAGAUGCCAAUUGGAUACUGCAGAAAUUGGGAAAAGAUGCUGCUGGGAAGAGAGUGGAAAUUCAUCAGCCAUCCAACAAUACCUGGCAUAGGGGAACAAUAAUUGAAGUCUUGGAGGGAACAUCGAUGGUCUGCAUUGCUCUUGAUGAUGGAAAUACGAAGAAUUUUGGACUUGGGAAGCAAGGAAUCCGUUUUGUUUCUCAGAAGCAAAAGCAUUGAUUUUGAUUUCCGGUAGAUGCCAAUUUCUUGUGCAAGCAUUGAAAGAUCGGUGAUAAAAAAGGGAUUUUCUGAUUCUGUUAUUGGCUGAAUCUCUGAAAGACUUGCAUCUUAUGGUCUGUGAAGCCUCAAAAAAGAGUCCGUAUUUGCUUGCUCGAUCAAGCUAGUCCAUCUCUCACCAUAGUGCUGCCAAUUGCUGCUCGACCAGAUUAUGUUCAAAUACUAGGCUGUGUUUGAUUUCAUUUUGCCACCAUGCGGUCAACAUCUCUUGCACCAAUGCAGUUUAGUUCAUGUUUUUAAGCUUUUUCCAAUUUAGUGUUACAGUUUCCUAGGUGAAUUUUGAAGUCCAAUGUGCAGCCAUUUUGGUACUUAGCCUGUCACAGAGUUCAUGUAUCUAAGAAUGUCGCCUAGUGAAGGGAUAAGUAUAAGUCUCAAACGAUACUCGAUUAAAAGUGAAAUAUACUUUUUUAUCUCACGAGCUGCAGAUGAUAACUGCAAAUAAGCAGUGUGCUUACAAAUUUCGAAUCAAA